GCAAAAGGCAUGACUUAAGUUGAAAAAUUACUUAACAUGAAAAACCCCUAAAAAACUAUUUAGACCCCAUAUCAGCACCCAAUAAGCAUUUCCCUUAAAUGUAUAAACGCAGCGGAACUUGGAGUUAUUGGCCCCAAAUACCAGUCAAAUAAGACAAUACGUUUUAAUUUAUAAGCUUUUAUUUGAUUUAAUACAAUAUAUUUUACAUAUUUUAACAUUGCCUGACCAACUUAAGAUGAUUUGUAUUUUUUCUACAUACUGUAUUUUUAACGUAGAGUCGAAUUCGACGUAAAGCGAACCGAUGUAUGAUGAGGCAUCACUGUAUUAUCAAUCCACAUUACAAAUAACCCCCCAGUGACUUAAGUGGUGCCAAACUGAGUAAACGAGACGUACCAAACAGGGGCUCACGUUCCAUCCUUCCUCCCAUCAUGGUCACUGGUUGAGGAAGACGCCUAUCUCACACUCUGUGGAUCAUUUGAGCCUGUCUGAGACACACCUGUGGCUGCGCACACUUAUACAGGGCUUUUCGCUCACAGCAGAUAGACGAGUGAAGGGUAUUUACAACAAAACAGAAUGCAUUUCUACCUGAAAGGACACUGGAGAAAUGGAGCAAACGCUCUGACUUUUCAAAGGACACACCCCCACAGAAUGCUGUCACAUGGCAUAAAACAGAGUGAAGAGAUUAUGUGACAGGAAUCAUACUGCUGAUGACUGGCCUACUAAAUAUUUGCCAUGAUGAGUACAAUGUGGAAAUCUUACAGUACCAAGCAGGCUUGUAGCCAGAAAUGAACUUCAUGGGCUGUGCCAAGGGAAAGGCCCGGCAUCUGGAGGGGACAACCGGGGAAGGUGUCCUGGGGUCUGCACUGAGGAGGGACCCAGAGAAGAAGGUGACCCUCAUGUAGGGUGGCUCAUUGUAAUAACUGUCUUGUACCCAGGAAUUGUGCACACCAGCCCUGCUGAGAGGGACAUGUCCAACGCAUUUUGGGGGAUUCUACCCUAUCUAUAUAAAUGGUACCAAGCACUAUAAAUAGGGGCCACCCCACGAGAGCGAACCCAUAAAAAAAAAAACAUCUAAAUGAGGGGAUAUAUGAAACAUUUUCAGCAGUUUCUGCCCCAUAAAUGCCUUUGAAAGGAGCAUUGAAAUCAAAUCAAAAGGUCACUGCGAAGACCCUUAAGGGCAUGCACUGUCACCCGCACGAGCCAAUCACGCAGCUCCAUGGUGACAUCUACGAAUGUCAUGCUUGCUGGACUGAGGCAUGAGUCACUCAUCUGCAGCAUUGCUGUCAAUCUUAUUUGAACUCAUUGUGCUCAGUUCUAAUGAAAUACUCAGUUAAGCAAUUCAAGCUAAUCACACUGAAUGAAUUAAUCCAAAUUCAUCCUGAUGUAACCGCUGCACCCCCUGCAGAGUAGAUACAACAGAAUAAUUAGGAGUUGGAUGCAUAUUCCUGUGCAAUUCAAGAAAAAAUGUUAACAAGAAGUCUAGUAAGGUGGAGCCUGCCAUCAUCUGAGAGGACCGAAGGAGAGGACACAGUGGUUAUGAUGGGAGACACAGAGAUGACAGGCGGCCCUGGAGAGACCCAGUGAUGCUGCGGCGGAGGGGCUGCUACAAGAACAAGAACAGUUACCCUGUCUGCCUGACUGAUCACUUCACUUUAUAGACACUUGGGAUGAUUGUAGUGCAGCUCAGACUUGGACGCAUGAGCCAACAGGAACAUCAGGAGUUUUCUGAACAACAGGCACCGGCCUCUUUCCACUCCCUGGCCAUGUGACCAGCCCUCUGGCCAUGUGACCAGCCCUCAGUGCAGGAUACAGGGGGAAUGCAAAAAUCACCUCAGAUGAGGGGUUGGAUGACUGAAGCAAAGCAGCUUUUCAACUGCCCAGCUACAUGACUAAUGGUCAAAGGGUGGUACUCGCUACCCGGGGGGGGGGGGGGGGGCAGAAUGAUGCCCAGAGGGAAGCUGGGUGUGGAAGGAGCGGGAACUGCCUGGAGAUGACACUGGUCAGCAAGUUCGGCAAGCAAGUCCAACCAAACAAAGUAACACUCAGAUCAUAGAGCUGCAACAAGCAUAGUGUGUAAAGCAGGCGUUGUGUGUUUAUUGCCAAGAACAGAGUAUCCAGACCACAAUGCUUUGGUGAAGGACAAAAAGAUACCUGUGGGUGACAACCUGGCAUCAGCCUCCAAACUCAUCUUAAUCAGGACUGUGAGGGAGUCAGCAGAAGCCGUGGCUCCAACAGGAAGCUAUACGUCUAUUUCUUUCAGCUGUUACUGAAGUCGGUUACCUUCUCUUGUGCAUCACCAAUGAGUACACUGCCGCCCAGUGGAGAAAGACAUAAACUGCAAUGAGCAAAGGUUACAAAUGUUUCCAAACGGGACAGCUGUUAAAAAACACGCAAAAUGAUAAGUGUAGCAAAUGGUAGGAAAACACGGAAGGUUCCCAGGAGCAGCCCAGCCCAUGGUCACCACCCUCCUGACAAGUGCCCACCUUACACUGAGAACUACAGUUCAACUGCUCCCUCCUGUUCUAGACAUUCAGUACACCUGCACUCAUGCAGCGCCUCACCCAUGGGUGUAAAUUAUGGGGGGAUGGGGGGGUUGUAACCCCCCCAUCAAACCCAGCCAAUACAACCCCCUGGACCCGGGCAAAUAUAUGGGGAUUCAUGACAUCAUCAUUAUUAUUGUGAAAUGUUUUAGUAAAAAGACUUUUAAAAAGAAGUUCUAUUUUAAAAAACAAGUUUAAAAUAGAAAAUAUUGAGAGCUUCAGAAAAUGUCUAUUCAGCACCACAUGAAGAGAUGCUAGGGUCAGACUGGGUGUUUUAGACGUAAAACCACAGUCUGCUGUCAUCAGUAACAUUUUGGAUGGAAUUUGCCCUGACUUGUCUAGAAUGUGUAAGGUGCACUCUUCGUAGAAUGUGACACUCCGUCUCUAGAGUUUGCAUGUAGUGCUUGAGAAAUUGGUUGCAUAUAAAGCAAAGGAUAUAAAUGAUUGUUUUUAUAAAGAGCCAUGCACUGCUAUGUUUGUAUUUUACACAUUAUUCUGAAACAUUGCUUCCAAGUCAUUAUUUCUGCGUCGUUAUUUUUUAAAGGAAGUUUAUAAUUACACAUAACGUGUGGUUUUCUAUUUGGUCUGUGGGCGCGGUUCUCUGUUCUGCUCAUGGUGGGCAUUGGGUUACGGAAGCUGAACAAACGGGCUUUUUAUACUAACACCAUUUAACGGGAAGUGAAAUACUAAUGGUGUGUUCCAUUUGCCCUCGGAACUCGGGUUCGAGUCGGAUAUAAUUUGGGGCUGGACCACGGCAAAAACAAUGCCAAGCACAAGCACCUACCCGAGUAGUAAAAUAACGUGCUCGAAACCCCCUCGAAAUUCACUUUUGGCUAUGGACCAGUUCCAGAAAUUUCUAUUAUAUUUGAAAUGUUGGCAGUAAAAAUUAACAACAAAAAGCAGCAUUUAAAACACUACCAGUCAUCGGAGAAUUACACAUAUUCGAAAUCAAUUUAACUUUCCUGCUAUUGAUCUAAUGAUGUGGUAUAACACGUCAAAAUUAAAACACUACUUUCUGCAAUACCAAACCCUACCUUUUACUGAGGUGUAGGCAAGUAAUUAGAUGUUCCAAUUUAAUCGCAUUCACUUUCUUUGACUUUUUGAGAACUCAUAGCACGCAGCUUGUGCAGCUGCAAUCUCCGGCCCCUAGCUGUGGGCUCUCUCAAUGUGCCUGACAAAGUGGUGUAAUAUUAUCAUUAUUGUUAUUAUAUGAAUAGAUAAAGCAUAUUGUACAAGAAAGUAGCGGUAGGCAACAAUUCAGUCUAUCAGCAUUAGCCAGCUAACCCGCUAGCCGGCAUCCAGCCAUUGGACACGUCAUAGGUAAUGGACGGAAGUGACAAAACGAUGAGAGCAAGGGUGGAGAUACAUUACUUCAUACGUAUUUUCGUCUUCAGCAAAGUGAGUACUGCCUUCCUACUUCUAUUCGGAACGCAAAAUUGUUAAUACAUAUAUUCGUGUAAACUGAUACGCUGUAUUGGUUUAAAAGCUAGCGUAAACACCAAACCACACCACAGUGUUCUGUGCGCGCACAUAAAUACGAAGUCGGCCAAAGUUAUAUAUCUCGAUAUUGAUAGAAUAGCUGUGAGGACACACACCCUCUUUCAUUCCCCCCUCGGAUAAACCGGCCAGGGUUUCCGGAAAUUUGCGAACUCGUGAUGCCAGGAGGUGUAUGGGGAUUUGUGCAGCUUUCCAGCUAAAGAUUUUUUCUUAAUUAAAUGGGUAAGAAGUGUAGAUCUAUGGGUAGGAUAACAAGUAAAUAGCAAGCCUAAUUAUCCGAAUAGAUAGCAGAAUGACAUGGUCAUAGUUUUAUUUUUCCCUACUUUCGGGACUUCAGCAAAGCCUGGUUGAAUUUAGUACCCGCCAGCCGUCCUUCACCCUCUACUAACAUGAAGCGGCAUUCUUUAGAACAACUUUCGGAUUUUGGUGAUUUUAACAGAGGUAAAGAUUUGCGUGAGUUCUUAGCACAGAACCAUUCGACUUGUGGUUUUAACAGCUAUUUGCAGGAUGUACGCAUUAGUCCGGACGGACAGCACAUACAUGCCAUUCUCCGCAAGCCAAACACCGGUCUUAUGACUUUUGAUAAAAGCCAAAGACCUCAGCUGAUUCCAAGCCAAAAUCGCCUGGAUUUGGCUUCGACGCCAUCCGAGCCCGUCGUGGAUGUGGUGUACCUCGAACAGAAUGGCAAAGACGGCUCUUCGGCUGUACUGGCUGUGGUAUUGGAGAAUGGCAAAGUCGAAUUUUGGAAAUACUGCGACCACAAAUCCGGCUGGAUCUUACAGCAGACAUCGGACCUGUGCAACAGCCCCAGCGCCAAAGUGAUUUCUGUCUGCGUAAGUGCCAAAUGCAUAAUAUGGUGCGAGGAGCGACCACCUUCGGAGAGCUCUCCCGGCGCAGCCCGCAGUAAAUUCAGGUACUGCUUGUGCAGACGAACUUACGAGGUGCUGGGUGGUGGUGGUGUCUCUUUAGGGGGGGUGAAAAUCGCUCUGCAUAACAGCCCUCCUUACAUUGUCACGGUGGCGGGUGACAAUGUUUACCUGCUUCCCGAUGGAAUCGACACUUCUCCAGCGAACGUCUCCAGAUUCUUCUUUAUCUGGUCGCUGCAGUGUGAUGCUGUGACCAUUGGUACUACUUGCAGUGGGCGGCUCAUGUGGCAGGACUUUUCGUCUAGUAAGGAAACCGAUUUCAGUAAGUUAAUUUGUGACGGUGCUGGUAUGCUGUCCAUUAUGAACCCGCCAGAAAUACGUGCCUUUUCCCCGACUGUAUGUGGGGGGGUGAUAUUGCUCCUUAGCUCGGGAUGGAUCUGCAAGUUAUCCACAGAUGGCACUCUACGCCAUAUUUACAAACUGCCGGAUAAUUGUUUAAUCGGUUAUGAGGUGCAAAGUAGCUUGAACAUAUACAGUGGUCUGCUGGCCUUGACUGUGGCAAGGAUGCUGUAUUUGAUUGACGCUGCAUGUGGUCUGGAGUUGGAGAAGAUACCACUGGAGAGAGAGGCAGUACUUUUUGUAAACAGCCAGGAGCGGGAAACCCCACACCUGCUGUCGGAGGGGGGGCUGUUCGUGGUCCAGCGCAAGGAGUGCGAACCUGGGCAUGAGCAGCUGGGCCACCCAGAAAGCCUUGAGGUGGGCUCUGUACUGGUGGAGGCUGUCUUUGAGGAGGCCUGUAAGUAUUACCAACAGAGGAGUCUGAGCAGUGCCCAGCUGACCGUGGAGAAGCUCAGGAGUGGAGGCAUGUUCCAGGCACCCAUCACCUUGUCCUCCAUCCUCAAAGAUUACCUGAAUGGCCAGAAGAGCAGAGAUAUGGCCCCAAGUGACAGCUGCCAUGGCAAGUUGCUCGGUGCCCUGGAAGCUGAGCUCAGAAGCCUGCUGGUCCUGGAGGAAGCCAAGCUGUCCAUGCUGACAGCCUCAAAGGCAGACGUGACCAAAUACUGCGAGACCUUGGUGCAUGACGAGGUCCGCAGACUCCUGUGCUCCGAGAUGGACAGGGAGAGUCUCCUCUACCUCAACGCCAUCGUCGGCACCUUUCCCUUGGAGUCAUGGCAGACGGUGCAGAAGGUCCUCCAGCUGCAGUAUAAUGGUGAAGGAUCCCUCUCCAGCUCAGCACCCCCAGAGGUGUGGAAGACCGUCCUGAGUCCCAUCCAGGCGGCCGCUCGCUCCCCGGUGGCCCCGGCCAACGUGGCCAUGCCCGUGUUCGAGCUGCUCUGCAGGGCCGUGUACCACUUCCAGCCCAGCUGGCUGCCCCGUUUCCUGGAGCUGGCGCAGCAGCAGGCCGGCCGGAGCCACGGCGUGCCGGAGAACGCGGAGAGCCAGCCGCUGUACCGGCGGGCCCUGGCUGUGCUGCCCAGGGCCGGCGACCAGCACGACCUGGAACUGGAGCUGCUGCUGUGCAGCCAGAGGCCGCACGCCGUCCUGCAGGCCCUGCGCAUCCUGAUGGGCCGCCGCGACUGGCAGCGUGUCACCCAGGUGGCUCAGCGCUUCAGCCAGCAGAGUCCGCUGCUCAACAAGGAGAUCUUCAUCAGUCUGCUGUGCGAAGUAUCCCAGCACCGUGAGCUGGAUCCCUACCUGGAGCUGCUGUGGGCCCUCUGUCCUGAGGAUAUGUCAGCGACCAGCAUCCUGAACACAGUGCUGAAGAGCCUCCCCCCUACAGACCCCGGAACUGACCCCUUCCAGACUCACGGUGCCCAGCUCACCAUCGGGCUCCUCCGCCCUCUGCUCAGCCGCGUGCUCCAGAGGGACACCAAGCCCAGCCACCGGUACGCAGACAUCCUGCAGUCCCCUUCCUUCCCUCCCCCGACACCCCCCCGGCAGGCCAGGGGGCUCCCCAGGUCCGCCACAGACAGCGGCGUCAGCCACCUAGACCACGGCCAGACGGCCUCCUGUGUGGUCAGGAUGACAUCACCGCCCCAUCACAUGUAACCUCCCAUUCGCUACCGAGGAGGAACGUGGGAGCGGUCAGCACCUCUGUGGACAUUCUCCCCAUAACAACCAAAGGUUAGGCAUCCAAAACAUGCUUCCUGGAGUAGGCAAGAGGGACUGCAAAGCUGGGACACAUUUUAACAUACAGUCAAGGGUGUAUAACACUAUAUGAGGCUGCAUGACCCUUGGAAAGCAGGGGGGGGGGGGGCGCUUCUGUAAUUGCCCGAUGUAUGUAAAUCUGUAGACAUUCCAUUGUCCUGCCUGUAUAUUAGGUCACAAUGCAGUAAGCUGUGCAUGUUGAUACAAUCAUGUUAGUCAUGUUAUAAAGAAAGCCAUUCUGCAUUUGCCUGAGACUGAAAAUGCAAGGAGACAUUUGCUAGCAAUUAGCCAGACGGCUGCCUAAUCAUUAACUAACAUACGUGUCCUGCUGAAAAUACAUUUCCUUUCCUCACGUAUAUAUUGGUAUCAUUGCAGUUGUAAUUGGAAUACUUGUAUUUGUAGCUAUAUAGACGGGGCACUGAGGUGUACAGGUUCCACAUGUUCGCAUGGGAUGGUGCAGCAGACGUGUCUCGCACUAAAGGGGUUCUCUGUCCAGGUGGUUUUGUGGACUGAGGCUGCUCUGCUCUCAUCCUCAGCACGGCCUUUUAAAGGGACAGGCCCUCUGUACCAUCGACAGCCCUGACUCUGCAAGCUCAGCCAUUAGCCAGCCUUAAUGAACUGUGAUAGUAGGAUACAGGAGAAAUCGGGCAGUAUGACAGAUGGUGCUGUGUAGUAAAUGUUGUUCGCCUGAGAUGUGCGCAGAAGAGCUUUCAGUUCUGUUUUUCUGGUGUACGUGAGCCUGCCCUCAGCUUCCUGUGUCUCACUGGGGGAACAGUGCAGUCGUAAGGCCCUCUGGACACUGCACACCUGGCUCCUACCGUACACCCUGCUUGUGCUUCCUGGGGGGAGGGGCCUCCCUGAAGGGUGUAGGCUCCGCCUCCACCUCCCAUCCUUAGAGGAUGAACGUCCAGCUGCUUCUCCCAGUGUGAUGGUGAAAAAAAAAAUGCAGAUUCAUUAACAUAUGGCAAUAUCACUCCAUCCCGCAUAAAAGUAAGAUGAUAGUUUGAGCUUUUUGGAGAAACCUCAUUUGAGUAUUUUCCUGUUUUAUUUCAGUGCCUAAAAGUAACUGAGUGAGAUAUUUAUGUAACAUUCCUGACUAACUUCUCUUUAGUCCAUGAUUUUUUUUUUUUUUUACAAACAUUUUAAUAUAAAAGUCUCUUUAUGGAAGUUUGAAUUUUACUGAAAGCACAGCGCAUCCUGAAAUGGAGAAUAGCAUCAAGCUGUGUAAACACUAAACUGUGGCCGAAUCCAGUGAGAUCAUACUUUACUGUCCUAAGUUUGUAGUCUUUCAGAAGUCAUGAAUGCCAAUUCGCUCAGCCCAACAGGUCAAUGAAAGCUGCACGUAGGUGUGCAAUUAGAGUAAUGGGCAAAUAAGACUCCAGCAUGAUUUUUGUACAAAUAUAACAUAUGACUGCUAAUUAAAGUGUUGUUUGUGCUCUC